CUCCCUCUCUGGCUUCGUGCUUUUUUCUCUUGGACUUACCCAUCGAGAAACCCACUUCCCCAAGUUGUCUAAAACCUCUCCUUUUCCUCCAUUUUUUUUUUAAUGACCCACUUUUAGUUUUUUGAAAAUUUGAAUUUCAACUCCAUUCUUUUGUAAAUGCCCUUUUGACGCUGAUCUUUGUGUCCCUUCUCCACACUACAACCCCUUCUUAACUCUCUUUGUUUUCCCCAAAUCCCAAAUCCCACUUCCACAUUCUUUGCUCUGUUUCUGUUUUUCGUUUUGAGAAAUGAAGGAAAUCAAACACUUGUUUGUUUUCCAUGAAACUUUGUUUCUGCUGUUCGUUCUUUGAUCCAGUUGCAACCCACUUUCGGAUGGAGAAACAGUAGCGUCAUAAAGGGUGUGAACAAGAAAUUUAAGGACACUGCAAGGAACGUAAUAUAAGAUGAUGAAGUCGCAAGGAUAUGUUAAAGGAAGAGCACCAACCAAGGUUACUGCUCAACAGUUAGUGUUUGAGUUGAAACAGAAGGUGGUUUUUGCACUGAACAAGCUUGCAGAUCGCGAUACUUACCAAAUUGGGUUUGAUGAGCUUGAGAAAACAGCUGAGUGCAUAGCUCCUGAUAUGAUUCCCCCUUUCUUGUCCUGUAUAUUGGACACAGAUUCAGAGCAGAAGAGUGCUGUUCGACAGGAAUGCAUUCGGCUAAUGGGUACACUAGCCAAGUUCCACGAAGGUCUUAUUAGGCCUCAUCUUCGUAGAAUGGUUGGGAGCAUUGUGAAACGGCUUAAGGAUCCAGAUUCUGCUGUGAGGGAUGUCUGUAUAGAGACUUGUGGAAUUUUAGCUUCAAAAUUGAUUAAUGUUGGGGAUGAGAGUGAUGAGGUUUUUGUUACUCUUGUUAAACCAAUCUUCGAAGCCUUGGGGGAACAACAUAAGCAAAUGCAAUCAGGUUCAGCAUUUUGUUUGGCAAGGAUUAUUGACAACACUCAGGAUCCACCUAUUUCAAUUUUGCAGCGGAUGUUGGCAAGAACCACAAAGCUUCUUAAGAAUCCGCACUUUAUGGCAAAGCCAGCUGUGAUUGAUUUGAAUAGAAGUAUUAUCCAGGUGUUUGUGAAUCUUUGCAGUGGUAUCAGAGCUGUUCAAAACUCUGGGGAGGUGGAGCAAGAUAAUGCAGAAGCAACUAGAAAAUUGACUCACGGCAACGGAGACGGACAUCGGGGCGAUAAGGCUGGGGGUGCUUCGAAUCGAAAUGUUCUCUCUGCUGCAAUUCUUGGCAUUCAAGAAGCCCUCAAGAAUAGUGAUUGGACAACUCGUAAAGCUGCAUCUGUUGCAUUAGGUGAAAUUGCUGCGAGUUCUGGGUCUUUCCUGGGGUCUUUUAAGGCUUCAUGCAUUCGCUCCCUUGAAUCAUGUCGAUUUGACAAGGUGAAACCAGUUAGGGACAUUGUACUCCAAACCCUUCAGUAUUGGAACAACAUUCAAGGGUCGGAUACACCUGAACCUUCAGAAGCUGGAUCAUCAAUCAAAGAAAACCUUUGUGGGGGUGACUUCAGCGAUGUUACUAGCUCAGUAGAACAUGGAAAGAGGGACGCUGCUAUUAAGAGAGUAGGAUUGGGAUCCACCAGAGGGAGGAUUCCACUAAACAUGAGGAAAACUUGUAGAAAUUAUUUGGAGAACACACAACACUUUAAAGCAAACGAUUGCCAUAUUGAAAUAGCUGUUCCUGAAAAGCGCAAUCAGUCUUUAUCAGGAUUUCACACCGAGGAAUCUGAAGGUAGUACGGUCACAAAGACAUUUCAAGGAGUGAGUACUGAUGCUACAGACAUGCAAGAUGUUGAAUAUGAUUAUGUCAGAAUGGAUGACAAACAAGAAUGUUCCUCUGUAUCCAAUUUCUUACCUGGACAAGAAUUUGGAACAAUUUACCGUGAGAGUCUUGAAGAAACAAGUAUGCACAAGCCAGUGGAUAGAAAUAAGCGAUUUGUCAAUGAAGGGGUUAGUAGUGAUGGAGAAAUAUACUUAACAAAGGUGAAGGAUCGUAGAAGUCUCGAUUCUGUGGUUACAGAGUCUAGCUGUCAAGUUGUACAAGAAUGUGACUCAGAAAUUUCAAAUGAUAUGACUUGCAUUCGGAAGCAUCUCCUAGAAAUCGAAAACAAACAGUCAAACUUGAUGGAUUUAUUCAAGGAGUUCACUUCGGGCAUAAUGGAUAGCUUGUCAGCGAUACAAUCAAGGGUGGUGGGAUUAGAACACGUUGUUUAUGGAUUAUCUCAGGAUCUUUUGAAUGGAAGUAGAUAUUCUGACCUUUCAAACUCAAAAUUCAUGAAGCAGAACCAAAGCUUGAAUUCUCCUAGGCUUUCUACAUGCACUCCGAGGCCAUCUGUAGAUGUUCCAGGCAGACAGUCUUCAUUAUUAUCGCUUAAACAUUCUAGCAUAUGGGAUGAAAAUGUUGCUGUUAGAAGCCGAUUGAGUAAUGCAACUAAACAUGGAAGUGAUAUUUGGAGGAAGACCAAUUCAGUUAAGAAUCCUCCUGAGAAGGAACUCCAGAAAUAUUGUGGAGAGGGAAUGCAAAAUAGUAGCAGUCGUCACGCGCGAAAUACUAAUGCAGUGUUUGCUUCAUCUCCUUGUGCAACUGUUAGACAAUUUUCAGACGGCAAGAACAACAUUUCUAAAUGUGUGUCCAGUUUCCUACGGCAAGGUGAUGUGGAUGCAGCAUACGUGGAAGCCUUACGUUCUGGUGAUGAAGUUGUUCUACUUGAACUUCUUGAUCAAACAGGGCCCGUUCUUGAAUGCUUAUCACCUAAAACUAUCAGCCAUAUCCUUCGCAUUUUGGCAUCAUUCCUCCCUGAGCAAAGAUUUAUUCGAUGUAUAAUACCAUGGUUGCAGCAGGUAGUUGAUUUGAGCACAAUGCAUGGAGCAAAUUCUCUCGGUCUCUCGGCCAAAGACAGACAAGAAUUUGUACUUGCCAUCCAGGAGGCUUCAAAAAGUGAAUUUUCUAAUCCUUCAGAGACAAGACUUGUCACUCAGCUAGCAACAAAAUUGUGCUACAUAUGGGGAAAAUGCUCGUGAUCCACGACAGGAAGCGGCAAAUUGUCAAGUUGUUUCCAGAUCCUGAAGCGGUAAAUUGUGGUUGUUUGAUUCUUAAACACUCUCUAACCUAGCCAAAGGGAGAUGUAACAGUACAUUUGUAGUUUUUAGAGAUUUUCUUUGCUCAUUUUCUCCUGUAAGUUGAUUUUUAGGCUGUAGCUGAAUUGGAAUGAAAUUUCAUCAUUGUUCUCCAAUGUCAAAAAUGUGUUUGUUUUCACCUUGUAUCUGUGAUUGAAAGCUUGGAGUUUGUUGGAUAAACUCAUUUUCAACAAUUCUCCAAACCCAAAUCUUAGAACUAUUGGCAAGUAGGCUUAA